CUCGGCCGUUGGGCAGCCUGCUCGUGCGCUGGGCUGUGCCUGUCUGGGUCUGAUCCGAGCGGUAGUCGUUGUGGUUCUCCUCUUAGCCCGCUAGCUGUGAAAUUUUCCUCAGAAGACGUAGGCUGAAAAGAAACACAUCAGGGUCCUUUUGUGGGCAGCACUUUUUCUUCCCUUCUCCCUUUUCCUGUUUUUGUUUUUUUUGUUCUACAUUUUUUUUGUUUUUUGUUUUUCUAUUUUCUUUCUUUUCUUUCUUUUUUUUUUUCUUUUCUUUUUUGAUUUUGGUGCGGAGAGACCAACUUCUCCAUUACAGAGCUGCAACCAGUUGUUUUAAUGGUCUGGGGUCAGCCUGUACCCACUGCCGGACACAAGCCUUGUGGGUCUAACAGAUCACAGGAGGAAACAUGAGCACCGCCAAGCCCACUGGGAUCAAAGCUCCCAGUAAGAUAGCUAAACCUGGGACAGCGGCGCCCAAGACCAACCCCAGCACAGCUAAAAUUGCUGCGUCAGACAAAUCAGCUGCAAGUGCCAGUGGAGGAGAUGCCCAGAGUGGUGGGGAAAACUUCCAGAUUGGGGAGCGAGUCUGGGUGAAUGGGAAUAAGCCAGGCUACAUCCAGUUUUUGGGAGAGACGCAAUUUGCCCCUGGUCAAUGGGCAGGGAUCGUUCUAGAUGAGGCAAUCGGGAAAAAUGACGGGUCAGUGGCCGGGGUGCGGUACUUCCAGUGUGAAGCACUACGAGGAAUAUUCACACGUCCCUCCAAGUUGUCUCGUACAGAAGGGGAGGCUAAUGGAACUCAGACCGCACCGCCCUCUCGUGCCGCAUCUCCCACUCCCUCAGUUGGUAGUGUGGCCUCGCACACACCUGCCACUAAAUCGGCAUUACCCACAACAACGGCAGCCAAGAAGACCUCCUCCACAACACCAGCUACACCAGCAACACCUUCCUCCAACCUUGCACGCACAAACAGUGAAUCUGUGUCCAACCUCUCAGAGACUGGAUCAGUGAAGAAAGGGGAAAGAGAACUGAAGAUGGGUGACCGAGUAUUGGUUGGUGGUACAAAAGCAGGAGUGGUGCGCUUUCUUGGAGAAACAGAUUUUGCGAAAGGCGAGUGGUGUGGAGUGGAAUUAGAUGAGCCGCUAGGAAAGAAUGAUGGGGCUGUUGCUGGCACAAGAUAUUUCCAGUGCCAACCCAAGUAUGGCUUAUUUGCUCCAGUGCACAAGGUCACACGCAUUGGUUUCCCUUCCACCACUCCAGCCAAAGCAAAAACAACAGUUCGGAAAGUGGUGGCCACACCGUCAGGGCUAAAGCGCAGCCCCAGUGCCUCUUCUAUCAGUACCAUGAGCUCUGUGACAUCGUCAGUAAGCGCCAAGCCCAGCCGCACAGGCCUGUUAACGGAGACAUCGUCACGUUACAGUCGAAAGAUUUCAGGCACUACCGCCCUGCAGGAGGCGCUGAAGGAGAAGCAGCAGCACAUUGAGCAGCUGAUGGCUGAGAGGGACAUGGAGAGAGCUGAGGUUGCCAAGGCUACCAGCCAUGUCGGAGAGAUGGAGCAAGAAAUUGUCUUGUUAAGGGAUGAUCAGGAGCAGAUGGAGGCUAAGAUGGACCAGUUACGUGCCUUGGUAGAAGCUGCAGACAAAGAGAAAGUGGAGCUGUUGAAUCAGCUGGAGGAGGAGCGUAGGAAGGUGGAGGACCUUCAAUUCCGGGUAGAAGAAGCUUGCAUUACCAAAGGAGACCUGGAGACGCAGACCAGACUGGAGCAUGCCCACAUUAAGGAGCUUGAACAGAGCCUGCUAUUUGAAAAGACCAAAGCUGAGAAACUCCAAAGAGAGUUAGAAGACACUAGGGUUGCAACAGUGUCAGAAAAAUCCCGUAUUAUGGAGCUUGAGAAGGACCUUUCACUGCGAAAAAGAGAAGUAGCUGACCUUCAGCUGCGUCUUGGAACCCAGCAGGGCUCUGACGACUCAAACUCGGCUCUUUCUCCCCUUUUGGAAGAGAUAAACUCUUUGAGGGAUCAGCUGGCUACCCAGGAAGCUAAACAGCAAGAAGAGCUGGCAAAAUACAAGGAAAAGCUAGAAGCCCAAGAAAAGAGCCACACUGAGGCUGUUGCACAAAUCCAGGCUACAUCUGUAAAGAUCUCUGGUGACAAUGAGCAGCUGCAGAUUCGCCUAAGCCAGGCUGAGAAAGAAAACGCAGAGACAAUUGAGCAAUGGCGGUCCAAGUUGGAGUCUGCUUCCGCUUCUCACCAGCAAGCCAUGGAGGAGCUGAAGUUAUCCUUUAGCAAAGGAGCAGGUGCUCAGGCAGAAGAACUUGUAGAAACUAAAAGUGCACUAGAAAAGCUGAAGUUGGAGCACAAGCUGGCUCUAGAGGAGGCUGGAGACAAACAUGAAGCUGAUGCAGCAGCUUGGACUCAGGAGAAGCAAGCACUGAAGGCACAGCUGGUGUCUCUGACUGAGGACAAGGAGCGACUGGAAGAGUCUGUGCGGACCAGUGUCGAAAAGGCCGAGGAGCAGCACCUUGUGGAGAUGGAGGAUGUUCUUGGGAAGCUUCAUAAUGCUGAAAUUCGAGUAAAGGAGCUUGAGGAGAAAGAAGCAAUGUUGGGACAGCAGGCCCAAGACAAGGAAAGAGAAACCAAAGAGCAAAUCGCAGAAAUGGUGGCUCUGCGCAGCCAGGUAGCACAAGGUAACCAGGAGGUUGAGACCCUGAAGAGUCAGUUAGAGGUGGUUCAGAACCAGGGAAGCAGCCAGGAUGCAAAGGUUAGUGAAUUAUGCUCUCAGUUGGCGAGCAGACAACAGGAGGUGCUCUCUGUGCAGAAGAGUCUGACCACUGUACAGCAGGAGAAGGACACCCUGGAACAGGAACUUGAGGGAUUGAAACAAAAGUUGGCUGAAAGCACAGAGCAGCAGGCUAGUUCUUCCAAAACUAUGCAAGAAACACUUGAAAAGCUCAGUAAGAAAGAGGAGCAGUGCAUAUCCCUGACCACAGAAUCUGAGACUCUAAGGAGUCAACUUGCAGGGCUGGAACGGAAACUAAAGGCUGCAGAUGAGAAGCUUGAGCAGCUUUCAAAGGACAAAAGCAAACUGGAAAAUGAUAUUUCAGACAUGAUGAAGGCAUCUGGUGAUAGUUCAGAACAGCUGACCAAAAUGAAUGAAGAUCUCAAACAGAAAGAAAGGAGGCUUGAGGAGUUACAGAACCAACUGUCAGAAGAGAAGGAGAACAUGGCAGGUUUAAAUGAAAAACUCCAGCAGGAACAGACAUGCAGGGAGCAGGAGCUGAAAGACAUCAGAGAUACACAUCAGUCUGAAAUGAGCAGCCUACAGAAGAAGAUUGCAAAAUUGGAGAAGACUGUUAAACUGGGUGAGACUCAGGUUGAGGAGCUGAAGGCUGCACAUGAGAAAUCGAUGUCUAAUGCCUCAGAGCUCCAUGUGAAGGAGCUGGAUGUGCUCAACAGUCAGGCUGACAAGUUAAAACAGGAGCUCACCUCUUCAAAGGACAAAACCCAGGAGCUGGAGAAGCUGGUAUCUGAGCUUCAGCCAUACAAGGAACAAGUUCAGUGUCUUUCUGCUGAGCUUGACUCCUCCAAGCAUGAUGUUGAAAAUUUGCGCAAAAAAAUGGAAAACCAGAGUCUCGAUCUGGAUAAAAGGUGUCAAGAGAUUGAUGCUGUUAAAGCAGAGAAAGACAAUCUGAAGAAAGAGCUCUCAGAUUUGCAAAUGAAGCUCUGUGCUCUUGAGCAAAGUCACCAGGAGCUUUCAGUCCAAAAUGAAGAAUUGGUAUUAACCAGAGAUAAGCUUUCAAAAACUCAGGAGGAACUACUUGCCAACAAAAAGCAGUUGGAUGAAGAAUAUGUUUCCCUGAACAAGGAGCUGGAGAAGCUCAAAGAUUCUCUUCAGGAAGCACAGACUGAAAACAAAAAACUCAAACAUGUUGAAGGCGAACACCAGGCUCAAAUUGAACAGCUUCAAAACACAAAUGCAGAGAUGAAAAACUCACUGCUAAAACAUCAACAGGACAUCCAGCAAAUUGAAACUAAGAAUAAGCAGCUACUUGAGGACUAUGAAAUCUCCUGUAAAGAGAAGUCCCGCCUGGAAGAAGAUCUCAAUGAAAGCAAGUCAAAGUUCACAUGUGAGAAGGACAAUCUGAUUUUGGAGCGAGAUUCUGCCAGAAAUGCAAAGAAAUCUCUCGAUGCAAAGAAUGCUGAGUUGCAGGCAAAGCUUAAGUCCUUGAACUUAGAAAAAGAAGAUCUUACGAUGAAGAAUACCCAGCUGCAGGCUCUUACAGAAACACUAGCCAAAGAGAAGUCAGAGAUGUCACAGGAAAUCAGUGCUGCUGUGUCGGAUAAAAAGAGCCUUGAAACAGUGAAGGAGGAGCUCCAGAACAAACUCAGUGCUUCAAAGAAAGACUUAGAGAGCACCAUCCGUGAAUGUGAAGAACUCAAAGCCUCAAAAACGAGCCUUGCUCAAAUGUUGGAGGAGUUUAAGACGAGCAGCCAGGUGACUGAUUCAGAGAGGCUUCACCUCCUGCAGGAGAAAGAAGACUUGCUUGCAACCCAGAGGAAGGUCUGCAGUGAGAAGGAAGAGCUUCACAGAGAGGUAGAGGAAGUGAAGGUGAAGCUCCAAAUAGUGACAGAACAGUUGUUUCAGUCUAAUGAAAAGUAUAAAGAAGCUUCUUCAUCUUUUGAGCAAGAGAAAAAGGCUUUACUCCAGCAGAAUUCAGAAACAGAGAUGGCUCUUCAUGCAGUAAGAAAAGAAAAGAUGAGCCUGGAGUCAGUGCUAGAGCAGCAGAAAAUGGAUUAUGAGCGUUUGGCAGGAGAGAAGUCAGAACUAGAAGAGAAGCACACAAAAGCCAUCAAUGAGAGAACAGCUCUUUCUCUUGAGCGUGAUAAGCUAGCUAGUGAUAUGCGAAUGGCUAAGGACCAGCUGGACUCUUACUCUAGAGCUAAUGCUGUCUCUAUCAAAGAGCAGUCUGAUUUAAAAACAACGCUAGAGGAAACCAAACACCAAAAAGACGAGGCUGAAGCAGCGAUCACCUCAUUGAAGAAAGAAAAAGCUGACCUACAAAAUGAACUGCAGAAGCAAAAGUCUGAUUUUGAGGUUCUUGAAAAACGCAAAAAAGAACUUGAUCAAGAGCAUGCAAAACUGAAAAAAGAUCUCGAGAAGUCAAAUUUAGAAUUUGUUCAAAAGGUUGACAAUCUUACAAAUGAUUGCCAGCGCCUGCACUCUUUGAAUAGUGAGGCUGAUAAAAAAGUGCAGUCCCUGCAGAAAGAGAACCAGACUCUGCUUCAGGAGAUCCAGGAGUUAAAAAGUCAGACCGAGUCUGUGUCAGAGGCUAAGCUCCUUCUCGAGACCCAGUUACAGGUUGAGUCUAGUGAAAGGAGUAAAAUGGUGUCUGACAAGGAUGGUCUUUCCAAACAAAUUGAAGAGCUGCAGGAAAAGUUGUCCAAGGUUACCCAAGAAAACAAAAAUAAUUUUUCUAACCUCAAAAAUGCUGAUGAGCAAAAGAAGUCUUUAAUGGUGCAUUUGGAGGCAUUGAAAACACAAAUGAAGCAGCAAGAACAAGAUAGUCAUCAGCUGGCAGUAGAUAAAGAACAGUUGUCAUCUAAGCUUGAGGAGAUGGACAAACAGAUGAGUUCCCUGACCACAGAGAAGGAUGACCUCUUAGCCAGAUGGUGUAAAAUGGAACAGGACAUUUCUUCUCUCCACACUAGCCAAGAAAACUGGCUCUUAGAACGUUCCAAACUGCUUGGAGAGAUCGAGAAGUUGCACGAAAGCCAGAAAAAACUAGAAGCUGAUAUCAACGGCCUACAAACUGAUAAAGAGCACUUGGAAGAGCAGUGCAAGAAUGCUGUCAAAAAGGACCAAGAGUAUUCCCACAGUAUCUCAGAUCUUCAGGCCAAGAGGGAUAUCUUCGAGGCGGAAAGAAAUGAAGCCACCCAGCAAGUCAAGCAGCUCGAAUCCCAACUCAAAAGUGCAGUUUCUAAGCAGCUUGAGGCUCAAGAGGCCUCUGGUAAGACGACUGAGGCUCUUGAACAGCUGACAAAAGAGAAAGCCAGUUUGAUGAAGGAGAAGAAUGAAGCCGAGUCAUCGCUGAAGGAGCUGCGGAGCUCAAAGCAGGAGGCGGAAACUCAGCUUAAAAAAUUGAAGGAGGAAAAUUCCAAGUACCAAGAAGAUCUGAAGGCAUCAAAAGAACAGCUUUGCAAUGAAACUCAGAGGGCAAAAAACCUGUGCCAGGAACUUGAGGAACUCAAAGAAGUGAACUCAGUAAAGACGCAGUCACUGCAGACUCUGCAAGAUGAAAACAACAAGCUGACGCAGGAACUUGAAAGCAAAAACAAAGGCCAGGGUGAUGUUGUCAAGCUCAAAGAUGAUUACACCAAACUUAAGAAACAGCUGAAAGAGAUGAAGCAAAGCCUGCCACAUAAUGCCUUCAGUGAGAGCACCUUGAAGGAACAAUUCGACAAGGAGAAGGCCGCCCUCCAACAGUCCAUCCAUAAAAACAGUGCCUUAGUAUCAGAGAAAGACCAGUUGGUGGAAAAUCUUAAGAGUGAGCUGGCUGUACUGCGGGGGGAAAGUGCCUCAGUUAAGACUCUGCAGGGUACAAUCCAAGCCUUGGAGCAGGACAAGGCAAAUCUCCAGGAGCGAGUUCAGAAACUGGAAAAGGAUCUGAAAUCAGGAACUGAAAACAUCAACAAGCCCUCAGGUGAUGCAGUUUUGGACCAACUUAGGGAAGAUAAAGAGACAGCAGAGAGUCAGGCAGCGAUUGAGUUCCUGAAUUCAGUCAUCGUUGAUCUACAGAGGAAAAAUGAGGAGCUGAAGGACAAGCUGGAGAAAAUGGCCGCUGCUGCUCUUAACGGCAAUAAUCCGAGUGAACUGGAUAACUAUGACAGCCAUGACAAAGAACCUGUGAAGAAGAAGCUUCCCCCGAGACUGUUCUGUGACAUCUGUGACUGCUUUGAUCUCCAUGACACUGAGGACUGUCCCACCCAAGAACAGAUGCCAGACUCCCCCCCACACACCACCUACCACGGCACCAAGGGCGAAGAACGGCCCUAUUGCGACAUCUGUGAGGUCUUCGGCCACUGGACCGACUCGUGUAACGACGACCAGACCUUUUGAAGCCUUUCUUUUCCACCCUCGCUCGCACAAUCAGUAUAUUUGCACAUCGUAUUGGGUCAUGCGGUGCUUUUUGGUUUUUUUAUGUGUGCGUUUGGUGUGCUUGUUUUUGCCAAGCAUCAUCGUCCACGCCGGUCCUUAAGCGCUCUUACAGGAGGACUGUCUCCUUACAAUCUCCUUCAGUCAUCCAUUAAAGAAUAAUACACAGCUGUUAAUACUCUGUUAUUGUACAUUACGUUAGAGGAGAAAUGUUUGAUAUACACGGUUUGUGUGAGUGAAAUACUGUUGGUGGAUGUAUCUUUGUGGGAGAAGCGAUUGUCUUUUCUCUGAUUUUUUUAAUUUAUCGAUAUCCUAACAUUGUUUGCACAGCUCGUUGGGGGAUUAUAAAGAAAAUAAAGUAUCAUUAAAGGUGUUUAUUUCAGACUGUAAAUGAUUCAAGUGAAAAACAAAAUGUCCUUUUGUGCAAAAAAGGUGAGCUAUAGUUUAUUUUUAUAAGCCUGGAAAUUAUCCGUACUCUUUAAAGCUUUGAUAGUGUGUGUCAUUUUGUGAAUCCAAGAGGAGAGAAACCCAGGGCUGUUUGGCUUUAAGAGGAACUUUUUUAAUGCUCUUUAUGAAGGAAGUGCUGGACAAUUGAGGAGAACUGAAGCACUUCACACUCACUGUAACCCCUCAGUUCAGCUAAAGGGCCUUUCUUAAAGGUUUCUUUGCAAUUGAAAAAACAAUUUGUGUAAGAAACAGUUAAGUACUAAGGCAUUUCUUUUAAACUGUUUUGAAUAUCUGUAAAGAAAUAAAGGAAUUUAUGUAUGAAUUAAAUUAAA